GGCACUCCAGUCGUCAGUCGGCCAAACCCACAAUUAAAACAGCCCUCCCCCUAGUCUUGGUGUGACUAGGACUCUCCCCGGUGUCCUACGCACAGUUAUCUACAGCUACAACAUGUGUUUUCUCGGAGUGGAUUUUGGGGGUGGGGGGUGGCAAGAAAACCAGAAGCCCGCCACGCAGAUCUGUCACCGCCUCCGGAACAAGGCACAACUCUCCGAGAGGGGGACGCAUCCUGGGGAUCCGCGCGUCCACCAGCGAGCGGCAGACGCUCGGGCCCCUUUCUCAGCCUCUACUCCCCCCUCUGCGUCGGCCCCGCGGAGCGCCCUCCUCCCGCUCCUCCUCCCCUCUCCCCUCCCCAGCCAAGUACGGAAACCCGCCCGGGCAGGGCAGCCGCCUCUCCGGCAACCCGCGCCCUCGCAAGGCGCCGCGCGCUCAGCUCGAGUCCCUCCGCCUGCCCUACCCCAGCCCCUCAGUCCCAGCUCAGGGAAACUAACCCCGAAGCGGCCCGGAAGGGCAGAAGCGGAAGGCACCGGGGGCCGGCGGUCCGACCCGGGGUGUCUGCCCCCUGCCCCCUCCGACUCCCCAACAGGUAGCUCACAAACGGGCCGCGCGCUCACGCUCUGCCUCCCUCGUUCUCUAGAUCGCUCGCUCCGUCCCGGUUACCUGGGCGGGCUCCAGGAUGGUACCGCACGGGAGGGCUCCUUGUGCGCUGCGCCGCGGGAGUAA